CUGCCGGAAGUGGUCAGGGAGGGAGUGGAGACAGUGUGGCUCCUUCCGCUGCUGCCCUAGGUCCCUGUUAUGCACAUUGACUGGCGGCGGCGGCGGGAUGUUCGCGCCGGGGGCGGAAAACUUCCUGCGGCAGGCCAGGGAGAUCCAGGAUGAAGAACUGAGGAAGUUUAGUUCCCGAAUCACAAGCCUUCUCCAGAAUCACGACUUGGGAAAUGAUACCAUUGACUGUUUGCAGAGACUUUUCCUUAUUGUUUCAGCCACAAAAUAUGUCCGGAAGUUGGAUGGCAAAUUUGUAGAGCUGUUGCAGAAAGUACUGUGUUUGCCCAAGUGUCCUGAGCAGAUUCAGGCUCUGUGUGCUGCCAUCUUGAGAGAGAUGUCACCCAGCAAUUAUCUGAUCCUAUCCUGCGAUGAAAUCCAGGAGGCAAAGCUCUUGAGUCUAGUAUCCUCCGUCCUCUUGGCUCAGGGACAUAAAAAGGCUGAGGUGUUAGCAGUGGGACAGCGUGUUGUAAAAGUCCUGGAAGGGCGACUGCCUGAGGGUCAGAGUUCACGGCACCUUCUUCCUCUACUCUCCAAGAUCAUCAGUCUAUCUCCAGCAAGCCUAACUGAAGAUCAGACCAAUCUGGUCAAUAAAAGGAUGGUGGACUGGCUGAGAUACGCAAGCGUUCAGCAAGGAGUUGCACAGCCCUCUGGAGGCUUCUUCUCCAAUCCCAGGGCAAGGCAGCCUGGCCCUAUCACAGAGGUGGAUGGUGCAGUUGCCACAGACUUCUUCACGGUGCUCUCAAUUGGUCAAUAUUACACAGAGGACCAGUGGCUCAACAUGCAGGCCUUUUCCAUGCUGCGCAAGUGGCUGUUGUGCUAUGGGAGCGAGGGGGCGAACAGCCCUAAUUCAGAUGACAAAUCAGAGGUAGAUGGAUCUAUCAUGUCCAUGGUCUCUGCUACUUCCACCUCCAGUCGCCUGCUUCCCCCGAAGGAGCGUCUAAGAGAGAAGGCUUUUGAAUAUUGCCAGCGGCUUAUCGAGCAAAGCAACCGGCGGGCCCUGAAGAAACCAGACGGGGACCUGCAAAAAGCUUGUCUCGUCGAGGCUGUCACUAUCCUGGAUAUUAUCUGCAGGCAGGACUCCUCCUAUGUGUACCGGACGCUCUCCUGCCUGAAGAUCUUGCAUGGCAGAAUCAGUGGGGACCUUGCUUAUGCCAGGGCAUUGCUGCCCAUUGCUCAGUUCUUCCUGAACCACAGUGAGACUGCAGCGGUGGAUUCAGAGGCAGUUUACGAGCACUUGUUCACCAGGAUUCCUGCUCAACUCUUCCACAGCCCAAUGCUGGCCUUUGAGUUUAUCCAGUUCUGCAGGGACAACAUCCAAUUCUUCACAGAGAACCUCAGCAUCUUCAGACGGAGCUUCCCAAACCUCUUCAAGCUCCUAGCAUGGAAUAGCCCAGCCUUGAUCUCUGAGUUCAUGGAUCUUCUGCCAGCUCUGCUUGGUGCAGACACAGCCAUCGAGAUCUUUCACUUGCUGCUUGACCUGCCAUGUUUGGCGGCUGCUCUGGACAUCCAGCUGAGAUCUGCCUCUGCUCCCAUCUCGGAGAGAGCCACCUGGGAUCCUGCUGCCAAGCCAGCCAGCUGCCUGGAGGCCUUCCGCCACCCGCUCUACAGAAGCACCUUUCAGUAUCUCCUCCGCAUUGAGACUGCCCCCAGAGACUCCCCUGAGCGGUACGAGGUUGGCUCCUCUUCGCCAGCUGCUGGGGUCCAUGGCCAGCUGUCCCCGGGUCGUGCAGUGUGCAGACACCAUCCCUGUCUUACUGAAGCUGUACUUCAGUGUGGUGGCAGAGGCUGCUUCCAGCAGCAGCUGCUGACCGGUGAGGCCUCUUCAAGUGUGGGCAGCAGCAGGACAAGUGCAAGGCUCCUGCCCAACACCCUGUGUCACUUGGAUCAGGCUGCCAGGCUCCAGGCAUCCCCUCUGGAGUGGCUGGGGGCUGUGGUUUUGCUGAAGGAAAUGCUUCUCCAUAUCCAGUUUGCAGACGGCCCCCUGAUAAACCAGCUGGUGUUGGUGCUGCUGGAGAGGAGUGAGCAGCUCUACGAGAUCCCGGCGUUUAAGGCCGAUGUCCAUAGAGUGCUGAGCUCCCAGCUGGUGCUUCUGUGUAAGCUGCACCCCUCCCUGGUAGUGGAACUGUCCAAAGAGCUUCUGGAGUUUUCAGGAACUGUCAGCAACAUCUGGAACAAAGAGGAUAUCUUCACCUAUGUGGUCUGGGCUAUUGGAGAGUACAUGUCUGUCUCAUAUGACAAAAGGUGCACCGUGGAGCAGAUCAACAAGUUCUUCGAAGCCCUGGAGGCCAUGCUGUUUGAAAUCACGCAACUGCGGCCCUCGGCCAGCAUCCCCAAGUAUUCGCCACGUGUCAUCACGGUUCUCAUGACAACGCUGACCAAACUGGCAUCUCGCAGCCAGGAUCUGAUCCCCAGGAUGUCCCUGUUCCUGUCCAAGAUGAGAGCGUUUGUUCAGAGCCCUGCCAUGGCCUCGGUGUACAGUGAGGAAGACAAUGAGGAGAUCCUGACCCGGGCUGCUGAGCUGAUGAACCUGUUGAAAAUGCCCAGUGUGGCUCAGUUUGUACUGACGCCAUCAGCGGAGGUUGCCAGCCCACGGUUUCACCGAGACACUAACGUGUCCCUGCCUCUCGCCAUGAAGACGGCCAGCCGGCUUUUAGAAAGGGGGAUUGGCUUUGUGCCAGGGUGAGGGGUUGGCAUUUCUGAGUGUACACUGACUGACGAGACCUGGCUGGCUCUGUGCUGUAUUUUGACUAACCUGCUGCUGCUGACUCUGCUUAAUGGAAUAUGGGGAAGGUGGAGGGAUGAGGCUCUGCUCCAAGCUGCACUUUCCUGGAAAUGGGCAAUAAAUGACGGAAGAGAGGAAUAACCAGA